GACUAUUGGAUCCUUUGCGCAGAAAGCUCUUCACAUUUGGAGUGGCAGACGGUGGGAUUUCUCCAAGAUUCCGAGGAGGUCCCAGAGCCGGUCUGCGACGCGGAGGGCCGAAGCCCUGCAGCGGACGUGUUGCGCUAUGCCGUCCAUUUCCUGAGACCCGAGAAGUGCUACCACUUCGCAGUGGAGUGCCGCUACUCGGCGCUUCCCUCCCUCCUGGCCGCCUCGGCGACGCUUCGCCUCGAGGGAGAAGAAGCGACGCUGCGCUCGCGCCUCCCCACGCGAGCGCUGCCGAGCGGGAGCGCAGUGGCAGUCGCAGAGGCUCGCUCGGAGCUCUGGAGACCAGGUGAAGCCUGGCAUGAGCCCUGA